AUGCUGUCGGGCAUCCUAGUCUUCAACCAGAAGGGCGAGAAUCUCAUAUUCCGCGCCUUCCGCAGUGACUGCCGCCCGCGUCUCGCGGAUAUCUUUCGCAUCCAGGUCAUUGCCAACCCGCAGGUCCGCUCCCCGAUCCUCACCCUGGGCUCGACCACCUUCAGCCAUGUCAAGCACGAGAAUAUCUACUUGGUCGCCGUGACCAAGAGCAAUGCCAAUGCCGCGCUGGUGUUCGAGUUCCUUUACCGGCUCAUCCUGCUGGGGAAGAGCUACUUUGGAAAGUUCGACGAGGAGGCUGUGAAGAACAACUUUGUGUUGAUUUACGAACUGCUUGAUGAAAUCCUCGACUUCGGCUACCCCCAGAACACCGAUCCCGAUACUUUGAAAAUGUACAUCACUACCGAAGGCGUCAAGUCCGCCAUUGCGAACUCGCCGACAGACUCCAGCCGCAUCACCCAGCAAGCGACCGGUGCGCUGUCCUGGCGCCGCUCCGAUAUAAAAUACCGCAAGAACGAAGCCUUCGUGGACGUGAUCGAGGACGUCAACCUCCUGAUGUCAGCGACCGGCACGGUCCUGCGCGCCGACGUCAACGGCCAAAUCGUCAUGCGAGCAUAUCUCACGGGCACUCCGGAGUGCAAAUUCGGACUAAACGAUCGACUGCUUCUCGACACUGGCGACUCUCCAGGGGCGAACGGAGGCCGAGGGAGCGGGGGCAUAUCUGGCAACAAAAAGACUACACGAGCCGCCGCCGGUUCCGUCACACUGGAAGACUGCCAGUUCCACCAGUGCGUGAAGCUGGGUCGGUUCGACGCCGACCGGAUCAUCUCCUUCGUGCCGCCGGACGGCGAGUUUGAGUUGAUGCGGUACCGCGCCACGGAGAACGUCAAUCUCCCCUUCAAGGUGCACCCCAUUGUGCGCGAGAUCGGCACGACCAAGGUUGAGUACAGCGUGGCGAUCAAGGCCAACUACAGCUCGAAGCUGUUUGCGACGAAUGUUGUGGUCCGUAUCCCCACGCCGCUAAACACUGCCAAGACUACCGAGCGGACGAGCCAGGGCCGCGCCAAGUACGAGCCCGAGCAAAACAAUAUCGUAUGGAAGAUCCCGCGCUUCUCGGGGCAGAGCGAAUACGUCCUCAAUGCUGAGGCGACCCUGACCUCGAUGACGCAUCAGAAGGCCUGGAGUCGACCGCCGCUCAGCCUUUCGUUUAGCAUUCUCAUGUUUACCUCUUCUGGUCUGCUUGUGCGAUACCUGAAGGUUUUUGAGAAGGGAAAUUACAGCUCUGUUAAGUGGGUGCGCUACAUGACUCGUGCGGGAAGCUACGAGAUCCGUCCUGCUCUCAGAUUCUAA